GUGACUUCUAAAUUCUAAAAUGAACACGCAAAAGGCAAAGACCACAACUGCCAUGGCACUGGAGACCCGCGGCAGACUCCAUAGUGCAUCGAAGAACCCAGCAAAGGCAGUGGCAAAGUCAGUUCCGCAGCUUAGAAUGCGUUCAAAGAGCGAUCUAGCAGCCCUACCCAAUCCGUAUGCAGUGAGCAGCCGCAUCUAUCGACCCUCCAGCUCCACCAUCUUCGACUACAACCUGUCGCCGGUGGAGCAGCAGCACUUCCGCAACUGCAGCGAUCCCAUGAAGUCGGUGCCGGCAGCGGAGUUGGAGCUGCUGCGCAGUGGUCAGCGAUCCACGUACCUGGAGCGCCGCUACGAGCACAGUCCCGACGAUAAGUACAACUAUCCGGAGGCGACCAGCUGGCGCUACGGUUGGUUCCACUGUCAGUCUGAACCCUGCCAGAAAAGGCAUCCCAGAAAGGACUAAAGUGCUUGAAAUAUUCCUAAAGU